UUGUGUAUCCCCUGCAUCUUCAUAGGUACACUCCACCCCCCUCUCGGCGGUGCGGCACCGCAUUACUCAACCCGCCAGCAGGAGGAGGACGCUCGUGCUCUCUAGUCGACGGACGGACGGACGCAACGCAAUGGGCGACUCGUCGUCGCUCGGGGGCGCGCUCAUCGCGGCGGGCGCGUGCGUGCUGCUGCUCUUCUGCGUGAUCGUGCUGUGCGCGAGCUACUGCCACCGACUGGACGACGAGGUGGCCAUCGACUCGGUGGAUCUGCGCGGGCUGCAGCUGCGCGAGGACCUGGUGGACACGGUGCUGGACGCGGACCGCAGCGAGUGGCAGUGUCUGGUGUGUGCGCACAUGAACCACCCCAACCACGAGCUGUGUCUGCUGUGCGGCACGUCGGCCGAGUUCUCCACCAUGGAGGAGACGGUGGAGGACCCGACCACGCACACGCGCACGCGCACGCGGCGCGUGGCCCGCACCACGUUCCUGGGCACGGACAACACGACUCUACUGAGCUCCACGCUGCUGGAGAGCCUGGCGGAGAGCUCGGCCGUGAUCCUGGGCGAGACGGGCGACUCCAAGUCGUCCGCGGCCUUGCUGCACAAGGCCAAGACGCUGCCGAUGCUGCGCAGCGAGUCGUCGUUCGGAGACGUCGCGCAGGAGCUGGAGGCCACCACCAGCAUGCGACAGCGCGCGCUGCGCUACCGGAGGCUGAACGAGAUGCAAUUGAACCAGAAGCAGAGGGGCGCGAGCAGGAGACGACUCUGGCAGCGCGUUCCACUGCCUAAUGGGGGCUUUGUGUGGGUCAGGACCAUGGAGCCUGCAGCUGCAGGGUCGGUAUUCGCACGCGCGGACUCUUUAGUGAGUAAACUGAGGAACAAUUCGUUCCUGGCCAAGAACCCGCAGGCCAAGAACUUGCAUGGAGAUCUGGCAGAGCAGCUGCAUCGGAAGAACGCGGCGUCCAUGGGGUUCUUCUCGGAGCUCAACCCGUCAGGCACAGCGGUGGCGUGGAGGAAGACGGACUCGGUGGCGCUGGAUAUCGACCCGAAAGGAGGAGAUGGAGAGCCCAUGGUGGACUUUGAAGGCGUGCUGGCCAUGACCUGGAGAGAGAAGAAGCGCUGGUUCUUGAAGCAGAUCACCAACCUCGCCGUGCCCUACACCGAGUCCAUGUUCAAGAUCGACGUGCGGCGGUCGCAUAUCCUGGACGAUUCCCUGCCGCAAUUGGCCGGACCUGAAGUUGACAAGUCGAGGAUGCAGGAGCACCUGAAUAUCGGGAUUAUCGGCGAGCCAGCUCUGGAUGCAGGCGGCGUGUUGCGCGAGUGGUUCGGACUCGUGUGCAAGGAGCUCUUCAGUGCUGAGCGUGGACUGUUCGUGACGACUCAUGCGGAGGAUUCGAGCUACUGGAUCAACUCAGAGUCGGCCAAGUGUGUGCCUGAAGGAGAAGAUCAUCUGCAGUACUUUACGUUCGCGGGAAGGCUCUUGGGCAAGGCAGUGUUGGACGGGCUUGUACUGGAAGUUAGCAUGGCGUUACCACUGUUGAAGCAUCUUUUGGGCGUCCCUAUCACGUUCUCCGACCUCGAAUUUCUGGACGAGGAGCUUUAUAAGCAUCUGAGCUGGGUGCGGGACAAUGACCAUGUGGACGCUCUGUGUGUGACCUUCACCAUUCAGACGCCGUCGGGCGACACGGUGGAGCUCAAACCAGACGGAGAAAACAUUGAUGUGACUGAUGAGAACAAGAUGGAGUAUUUAUCGCUGGUGCUGCGCUAUCGGAUGCUGGACAGCGUGUCUGAGCAGCUGACAGCGCUGCUCAAGGGACUAUACGAGGUCAUCCCCAAACCUUUGCUCACGAUCUUCGACUAUCAGGAGCUGGACUUCUACCUCAGUGGGCUGCCCACACUAAAUGUGACGGAUUGGCAGAACAACUCGCGAGUUCGACAUGCGACUACGGACGGUGACUCUGAAGCGAUCGAACAGGAGCUCGAAGUGGUGCAAUGGUUCUGGGAUGUCGUGGGAUCCUUCACAGACGACCAGCGUGCGCGAUUAUUGCAGUUUGCAACGGGCUGCUCACGUGUUCCUGUCGAGGGAUUCAAGGCGCUCACAAGUGCUAGUGGCAUCGUGCAUCCGUUCACGCUGCAGCUGGUUCCUGUAGGAACACCGCCGCUGGGAAUGUGUCCGCGGGCGCAUACGUGCUUUAACCGGAUCGACUUGCCAGUGUACGAGACCAAGGAGGAUCUCAAGUCAUAUCUAUCUCUGGUGAUUCAAAUGGAGAUCACUGGCUUUGGCUUCGAUGAGAGCAGCGGUCAAUAUUGGUUGUGGAGCUCGACGCUAGCGCCGCGUGAACUUGUGUGCAACUGCGUGGCGGAGAUGACCAAGCGAGGCAAGAAGAAGAGUACGAAGAGACACAGCGACCCGUCGCCAAGCGAGGGCAGCGAAGCCCCCGAGACUAUCGCAGAAUGCCCUAAUCAAACCCCGGAAGGUCGUCGUCAAACCCCCGGCGGACCAACAGUCGAUCUGUCGUUCUUCCGGACGAGUGCGCAGCUGUAUGGGGAGCUGCACCAACGACUGAGUCGUACAAGUGGAGAAAGCUUUACUGAAGCGAACUUCAAGAAGCGCGUGCCCAUUUGUGAUGCUCCUCUCGAUGCUGCUGCCAACACUUCGGAAGUAUCUGGCGUGGACACAAGCGACGCGUUCUACAAGCCGUGCGCGGUCCCGCAAAUCCAUCACAUUACGUUGGAACUCGCGCAUGUCGACGCGGAAUUCAAGGUUCAUCUUGCGGCCUUAACGGAGAGCGUGGUUGAAGUCGUCGAGACGAUUGCCAAGCACAUGUGCACUCCUAAGGCAAGCAAGGACGCCGGCAGAUCUCGAAUUUCUGCGAGAGAAUUCAUUGAGCGCCUUGUCCAGCAAUUGCUGGAGCCAAUGGGGCAGCGCAUGCUGGCAGAGCCGUCACCAUCUUACGUCGACUUGUUUCCAAGACUGCUUGAGCAGUGCAUCACUGUCACAAUCGACAAUUUCGCACGGAGCAAUGGGAAACGGAACGAGUUGCAAGCAGCUCCGUUCGAAGCGGGUGUCAUGCAUCUGCGCACUUGGAGUUUUAAGCUGGAAAUCGAGUACAACACGCUCGUCCGAUCCAUGAGCAACAGCAGCAACAACACUGAUUCGAGUACGGAAUCAGACAUGAGUGACAGCGCAGCUUCAUCCACAGCGUACUCGCCGAACAAGCGCUUAGAGCUUAUGGCAUUGGGAGGCUUCAAGCGGCUGGAAAGCACGUUGAGCUCAUGGUUGAAUGCUGGAUCGUCUACUACUGGGACGAUGCCAGACCAAGGAAGCGGGACGUCGGCGCGGUCGUGGGGAGUCUCAAGUCUUGCUGGUGGCAUUCGCAACACAUUAGUGCGGACGUUCUCCGGUAGAACUACGCUCAAUGGUCCUCCGGUGUAG